UAUAAAACGAAACCAUUGUCGUCAAUUUAAAUCAUUUGUCUUAUUAAUGAAUUAAAGUAACAAUCAAAUGAAUAGAGAAAAAAUUUUGUUCCAAGAAAAAAAAAACUCGAAAAAUUAUCAAUGGUGCUUCUUAUUAUACAAUCAAUCUGUUCAUCGGAUUAACUGAUUAAAUGAGAUAUUUUAUCUUAAUCACAAUUAGAUUGAUUCAACUGUUCGUGGUUUCAUGCGAUUGUGAAUGUGGCAUAGAAGCCGGUGCUCAGAGUCGCAUAUUCAUGGGGAAAGAGACGACACCCAAUAAGUACCCGUGGAUGGCUCAUAUAAGAAUCAGAUUGAAUCUACAAAGUGAUAUGUAUGUUAGAUGUGGUGGAAGUUUAAUUGACAAUCAACAUGUGAUGACAGCGGCUCAUUGUAUCUUCGAUGAGUUCGGAAUCCUAAGGACAUAUGAAUCAACCGAAGUGUACCUUGGAUCUCAUGCUAUAUCCAAAGAUUUGCAAAAUAAAUAUAAUGUUUCUAAUUUUUUUUACGAUAAACGUUUUGAUAUCACACAGCGAAAACUUAAUUUCGACUUUGCUUUACUCAAAUUAAGUGAACCUGUUAAAUUUACCGGAGAUAUUUAUCCAAUUUGUAUUCCUGAUUCAAAUAUCAAAAAGUAUAAGAGCUUAAUUGUUGCUGGUUGGGGUAAAUUGUCCGAGAUUGAGGGUACGCCAGAUAAACUUAAUGAAGUUGAAGUGGAUUAUAUUGAUAGGGAAAAAUGUAAUAAAAUGAAUUACGAUUUUGUCUUGAAAGUUCGAGGUAUCGUCGAGUCUUAUCCAGGCCAAUAUACCAGUUUGAUUUCGCCGAUUCAUGAGAGCCAUUUGUGCGCCAUAAACACCAAAACUGGUGGCAGUUCUUGUAUAGGUGACUCGGGUGGACCUUUGAUGUACAAAAGCUCAAAAAAUCAUCGUUGGUACGCUGUGGGUCUCGUUUCGGGAGGUUACAGUGUUUGUGGUAACAUAAAUAUACCAACACUUUACACCAUCGUUGCCAAAUACAAGAAAUUCAUUAAAAACUAUGCAACCGGAAGUCAAAUUUGCCGUUUAUAAAUCACCACAAUUAAGAAAAUCAAUCAUCAAAUUGAUUUUAUUUCUAAUCAUCUUCAUCACUUUAUCCCCGUUUCUAAGUCAAAACAUUCAACCUCAUUCGGAAACUUAUCGCUAAUUGUUACUUUUUUUACUAAUUAUAAAAACGAAAACAAUUGCUAAUAAUUUCAUGUUAAUUAACAAACGUAACCAAAUUUUAAACUAUUAUAUAACAGAUUUAUAAUAUAAGAUUCAAGUUAAUCCUCACAAUUAAACAUUAAUCUGAUUGUUAACAAUUAAAUUGCUCAUUCAUUUAGCUCAAGUGUUAACCACUUAAGUAUUGAUUACAAUUUAAAUGAAAUCU